AUCUUCACAUUUCAAUGACAUAGGAACGUACUUAUUUAAUUUCUCAUCCCACACGUUACUACGGACAAUUCAACGAAAGAUAUUCACUAAAAUUCGAAUCUCUCGCUCAUAAAAUAUGACUUCAGAAGAAAUUGAACCUUCUCAGUCUGGUGAUGAUGGAGGAAUGGGAGGUCCUGGUGCUCCAACGCCACUCUCUGCUUUAGAGGUAAUAUGGCGUUUCUCUUUUUCUCGCAAUGUUUCUACUUACCUAACAAUUAGAUCAGGGAGUUGCGGGUCUUACUAAGAGAGAUAUUCAAAUGAUUGUGGAUGGUGGAUAUAACACUGUAGAGUCUGUCGCAUACACGCCGCGGCGAAUUCUGGAACAAAUUAAGGGUAUCUCUGAGCAAAAGGCCACAAAGAUUCUGACAGAAGGUUUGUAGUUAUAAACAGUUAGUCUCAUAAUGAUGCUAAUUCUUUAAUAGCAUCGAAAUUGGUUCCCAUGGGUUUCACAACUGCCACUGAAAUGCAUCAACGAAGAAGCGAACUGAUAUCUAUCACAACCGGUUCUAAGCAAUUGGAUACACUUCUAGCAGGAGGAGUUGAAACAGGAUCUGUCACGGAAAUAUUUGGAGAGUUUCGUACUGGGAAAAGUCAAAUCUGUCACACUUUAGCAGUUACUUGUCAAUUGCCAUUCGACAUGGGUGGCGGAGAAGGUAAAUGUCUAUAUAUUGACACCGAAGGAACAUUUCGUCCUGUACGUUUACUUGCGGUGGCCAAUCGAUAUGGCCUUUCUGGGGAAGAAGUUCUCGAUAAUGUUGCAUAUGCAAGGGCCUACAAUUCCGAUCAUCAGCUGCAACUUCUCAAUCAGGCAGCACAAAUGAUGUGCGAAACCAGAUUCUCCCUACUCAUUGUCGACAGUGCAACCGCGCUUUAUCGUACAGAUUUUACAGGGAGAGGUGAGCUGUCUUCCAGGCAAAUGCAUUUAGCAAAGUUUAUGCGCAUGCUUCAACGUCUAGCCGAUGAGUUUGGUAUUGCUGUGGUUAUCACAAAUCAAGUCGUUGCGCAAGUUGAUGGAGGACCAAGUGCAAUGUUCAAUCCUGAUCCUAAGAAACCUAUCGGAGGUAACAUCAUUGCACACGCGAGUACAACCAGAUUGAGCCUCAAAAAGGGUCGUGGAGAGACUAGAAUUUGCAAGAUCUACGACAGCCCUUGUUUACCAGAAAGCGAUUGUCUUUUCGCUAUCAAUGAAGAUGGUAUUGGAGAUCCAAGUCCAAAGGAUCUCGAGAAGGAUUAGAUAAGUUUGUUGCUGGGAUAUCUAUAUAUCAUGAUUUCAUGGGAUUCUAAUGGUUUAUGUGUAUUUUUUGCUCUUUAGCUGGCAUGGUAGCGGUCGUGAGUGGCAUUGGAGCUCUGGUGGUGGGAGCGAAUCUAUCAUUUCCAUCAUUUGCGAAACUUUUAUGAAUAUCAUAGACUUAGUUGUAUUUAGUUAAAUUAGGUAGUAGCACAUAUCAAUUCAUACUGUCGAUGCAUACACAAA